UUUCCACGGCCCUCACGCUGCUCACGGCUUGACAAUUCUUCCGGAGGCCAGCAAAGUCGAUUCUAGAGGGAUGUGGCUAGAUAACGAGGGGAAAUACUCAAAAAAUGCAAUCUUCAGCACGACCGCCACUUUUUUCACUCAUCGUGGGUAAAAAAUAAUAAAGAUUUGUUCCUGAUGUGGCUGGACCCGAAGAGAGCAACCGUGCCUGCCAUCAUCUUGAUCUUGAGCGCCGCCAGAGAUCAACAACCACAUGCGAGCGCCAGCUCCGCGAGGCUUAACGCGCACACCACCAUUUUGUUACAUCGCCAGAGUCUAAAACUUGGUCGAGCGUUGAAUCGGCGUGGCGGAAGUACCCGCACUCAGCCAACGACCAUUCCGAACGGUCUGUCACGUAUUUAUAUAUAUGCCGUGCGCGUCUACCCAAUGGUCUGCUCGACGUCGGCCAAGUCUUCGCUCAAGCUGAUCAACGCGGCCUCGUUCGGCGACAGUCUCGUGUUUGCCUGCAUGAAGGUCGUCUGCCGGUAUCCAAAGCUGGUGGAGCAAGCGAACGCGGUUCCGGGCCUGCGACGGCUGAUCGACGAGCUGUGGUUCCUGCAGUUCAAGGAACCGAAAAAGACUGAUGAGUUUCAGCGGAACAAUCUGCUGCUGGAAGAUGAGGCACUGCUGUGUGGCAUGAAGAAAAAGAAGUUUAACGAAAUCGUGUCCCAAAGUCAGCCGAAAGCGGUCACGGAGACCCAAAGUGAGAGCAUUACGGAGGAUCAGAUUUACGAAGGAAUGCUGACGGAGGCCGAUGUCCGGAAGGGGAAGGGAGCGGGAGGGAGUGGGAGUAGCAAUUGUAGCAGUAGCAGCGAAGACGAGGAGCUGGCCUCUAUCACAUAUGUGGAACUUCAGGUUCAAAAACGAGGACAGGACAGGUGCUGCCUCUCGCGGUGGAGAGCUGCAACUUUUCUACCAGUUUUUAUGGCAGUUUUGCACACCGAUGGGUCGUCCAUAGUGCGUGUAGUAAGAAUAUUUUGAAUUUUAUAAAAUUAUUAAGAGUAGCAAAUUAUGUAUUUUUAGUUUUGGAUAACAGCAUGUUUUUCCAUCCAGCACAUAAUGUUGACUCAACGGCACUUCGGCGUGCAAUUUAACUUCAUCAUUUUUGACUUUUAAAGGGCCAAAGGAGACCGCCUUGGGCAUCAUCCAUAAAGUCAAGCCAAACUUUUCAUUAGGGUACAAAACCAAAAACCGCGAUUCGAGAAAAUCGCUGGCAAAAAGUGGACAUCUUUUUUCAAUUCCUAUUUAAAAAGAAAGUGUGACUGCUGGUAUUUUUACUGAUGAUACGAUAAAAUACAUCAUUAUCUUUAACUCUGCUUUAAUGCUUCCUAAUUUAUGUUGAUUUUCGCAAUAAAACUCAUAAUUUUAAAAAAUCUCGAUAUUGGGCCCUUUUAACUUUCCAACUGUUGUUCAUAAUGGGCCCUUUCUAAAUGCAAUUUCGAAGAGAAUUGAAAGGGCACUAAAGCGCUGUCACCUGAUUGUUGUUAUUAAUGAUGUUUAUGGGCCUUUUUGUUUAGUUAGAAAUAAUGAGGAAUUCAGCGGAAAUUGUGAUAAUUGGUGAAGUUUUGUGAUCGAAAGGUGUAGAUAAGGUACGUGAAACAUAAAAAUUCUUCAAAAGUGUACUGAACAGCAGCCGCUUUUUCAGUCUAAAUUGAGGUAAAAUUACCUCAUAAAAGAAGUAAUAUUCAACCUUCCAAAAUUACAGCUUCCAAAUUUACACAAUUUUUUACUGUGUACUUACCAAUGCUGUUAAUCGUUGAAAUCAACGGCGUUUAUAUCA